AUGCGUUGGAGGGAAGUGAGUUCCUUGUUUCGUUAUCAGCUGCAGCAGCUGUCGCUUGUGCUAUUGCUAUUGCCUUUUGCAGCAUUGGGUAAUUGCACGCUGACUGCAGCAAACGAUGGUUUGGUGACUCGAAUAUCGUUGGAGGCCUCCGCUUUAGGUGCUUCGGAAUGCCGCGACUUCUACUCCAUUUACGAGCGGCAGCGUGCCCCUGUUGUGGAAAGCAUGGGUUCUUUAUCUUUACCUCUAACACAUCCGCAAGCCGGAGCUGCUCUGUCUGCUGCCGAGAUCAACGAGACCGCCGCUACAGAUGCAGGAGCAGCAGCUGCUGCAGGAGCAGCAGCUGCUGCUCCUGCAUCUGUAGCUGGAGCAGCAGCUGCUGCUAGAAGGAACCUGGACUUUCUUGACGCGGUAGAGGAAGGGCUAAUUCCCUUUCCUUCCUCAGGGACCCGCGCCUGCUUCGAAGCCAAGUUCAUUGACACAGCAGGCCACAUUGCAGCUGCUGCCCUGGAGUCCGGCUUUGUUGCUCUUGCUGAUUUCAGAGAGGGACCACACGUCACCCAUUCCAUCAUGCGCAACACCGGCGACUUCACCAGCGUAGAUCCUCACAUUCCCAAGCCUUAUCACCUUGCUUACGCUGGCAGCUGUGGGGCAGGCAUUCUCGAUUUGCGCACCGCGAAGCCCUUCUUGAGGCUGAGGGUCCCUGGCGUCGUCGGCGAUGAAGGGGAGGAACGCACGAAGGGAGUGAUUUGGCAGCCCCGCCGCUGUAGCAGCAACAGCCGCCGAAGUAGCAACUCUAGUAGCAGCAGCGACAGUGACGAGAGCAGCGGCAGCGACAGCAGCAGCGGGACCUUUGGUACCGCGAUACACCGCAUGAUAUGCAGCGACAGCAGCAACAGCAGUCGUAGAAGAGGCAGCAGCAGCGAGAGCAGCAACAGCAGCAACAGCAGCAUGUGCGGGGACGAAGAGGUGUGGGUCCCACCUCCUUCUCGACCCCGUUUGCGGCAGCGGGAGCAGCAGCAGCCACGCCACAGCAUUAGAGGCAUUGGGCGUGGUAGCCUUAGAGACAGAAUUGAAAGACUGGCCGAAGACACGAGCAGCUCACCAAGACCCGCUGUUGCGUCUGCUUCGCGCUCGCUGUGGCGAAGUGCUCCGAGACGAUUCACUAGCGGUAGCAGCCGCAACCGCAACAGCAGCAGCAACACCAGUACACACACAGACAGCAACAGAGCCACAGAGAACAGCAGGGGCAGAGACGCAGAUAUUUAUAGCCGCAGUGGCGGCAGCAGCGACAGUAGCAGAGAACUCGUUCCAGGUGCCCGCGUGUCCAGAGGUCCAACGAGUACCAGCAGCAGCAGCACCAGCCGCGCCGGCGGACGGCUGAGGCGGGGGCGAGGCGGUGUCUGGAGCCCUCCUUUAUCUCCAGAAGCCUCUGUUCCUGCAAGUGCUGCAACCACAGAAGGUAAAGCACACAAACAAGAAGGAAGCCAUAUAGGGGAGGACAGAAGCAGCAAAACUAGCAGAAGCAGCAGCAAGCUCAACAGCAACCAGAACAGUAGCAGCAAAGCCCACAACAGCAACAGCAGCGACAGCAAAUUUGUGCCCACGAAGAACGAAACGUCUUCGCCAACGAGCAGUGGCAAGCGACGCUGUAUCCGCUCCCGCGAUGGCAGCAGCAGUAGCAGCAACAGCAGCAACAUAAGGGACACCGGCAGCAGCAGCAGCAGCAGUGCUUCCAAGCCUUCAGCGUGUGCGCAGAGAGAUCCAAGGACCAGACUACAGCACGCCGCAGAAGAAGCAGCUUCUACUUCCUCUGCUGGUGGUGUUUCUCCACCCAGUAUGGACGCUGAAGGUCAGAACCCACAAAACCUUCUGCACGUUCAGGGCGCAGUGUCGUCGCUUGUGCAGGCAGCGAGCAGCAGGGCACUAACUCGAAAUGAGCAGCAGGAAGAGCAGCAGGAGGAGCAUCCGGAGGUGGAACAGCAGAAUCGGCAGAAAGAGGAGCAACACGACAGCGACACUUCGAGCUCCCGAUAUGCAGAAAGUAGCUGGCAGGCUGCAAGAAGGGACAACAUCCUUGCCCUCUGUCUGUUAACAGCAGGCAUGCAGCAGCAGGCGGGCGCCACAACGCCGUCCAUUUCUGCCGCUCUAGCUUCUGCGUCUGCAGCAUCUGCAGCAGCUGCUGCAGCAGUACGUGCAUCCGAUGGUCUCUUUGGGUUAGGAGGAGCCCCCCGGCGGCAGUCUGCACCGGCAGCAUUCGCGGCAGCAGCAGCGACAGCAGACACAGCAGAAGCAGGUGCAAGUUGCGAUGGGAGGAUGCAGCAAGGAAGCCGCGGAGCAGAGGAGACACCUGAAAGCAGCCGCCUUCGCCCGGCGUUGCCACCUGGAGAAGUGAGGGCUUUAAGAGAGACAUUUUUGGAAGUCUUGGGGCUACCGAGAGACCAUGCAGUACCUUAUGCGGUGGAGGAUGCGGAGACUCGCAGUGCCCCUGAUGUGGCGCCAGAGCCUCUGGAGAGGCCGAGAAGGAGCAGCAGCUCAGAGGAGACUGAAGGCGCGUCUUUACUGCGGGAGGAAGUGAACGACGAGCCACACGGAGGCGAUUUAAGUUUCCUGCACAUUAGCAGCCCCUCGUGGGACCGGUCCCGGGGCCGAUCCCGAUCCUUAGUUCCAGGCGGAUCCCGAUCUCGAUCCCGUUCCCGUUCUCAAACACGAUCCCGAUCUUGGGAUCGAUUCUGGGGUGUACCUGGGGAGACUGUGGCGCCCACGAGGGCGGCGGCGGCGGGGGCUUCUCCUGAUGUACAGGAGGCGCUGCGGCAAGCGGAGGCAGUUGCAGCUCAGCUGCCUGCAAUUCGAUUCCCCACAUACCGUGAGGUCUCGAGACAGAGGGGACAGAGAAGACAGCUGCACAGAGCAGCAAAAGUAGCAGACGUGCCGCUGGUGGAGAUGGUCGACAAGAUCGUUUUCUCUUGGGACGGAAAGCUGCUUCUCGCCAUUCGCAGGAGGCAGGAACCCCUCAUUUACAGCGCCGACUGGGAGUUGCCGCUGUUUGAGCUACAAAGCGACGGGUACACAAACGCUACCACCAUGAAGGGCGGUUGCUUCCUAACGGACAUGCAGCACGUCGCCUGCGGCUCAGAGGAUUUGCAGGUGCACAUCUGGCAGCUCCCUUCUCCGUUGCCAGUGAAGCCUUUGGCUACGCAGCCGCUGAAGCGGAGGGUUUGCCUGAAGGGACAUCUUUGUGUGGUGAACUGCUGUGCCAGGUAA